CCCUAAAGCCGUCCUCUGCAGGAGGAUGGUGCGUCUAGCGGCCGAGCUGCUGCUGCUGCUGGGGCUCCUCCUGCUUACCUUGCACAUCACGGUGCUGCGAAGCAGCGAUCCCGAAGCGCCGCCGGGCAACCACAGCCAGCGUCAGCAGGAAAUCCUCCACACAGAGAGCCUUUCAUCUCUUGAAAGCAGCUUCACAUUAGACCCAGAAGAUCAACAGAAUUACCCUGGUCACCAGGCAGCACACAGGUCAUUGGCCAAGCAGCGAUUCAGGCAGCAGAAUGGGCAUACAUCUUUGCAAAGAGAUGGACCCAGAUCUUUCCUUUUCGAUCUUCCAAAUUUUCCUGACUUCUCAAAGGCAGAUAUCAAUGGGCAAAACCCUAACAUCCAGGUGACUAUAGAGGUUGUUGAUGGAACAGAGUCUGAAUCGGAGAAAGGUCUUCAAAGAGAAAGUAGCAAAACCAGCUGGCCUGUCCUGUCCCCAAACUGGAGAAACUGGUGGCAAAGAUCCGCACCUUCUAUCACUCGCAUGAGUAGUGGUGACCAGGAUUACAAAUACGAUAGCACGACUGAAGACAGCAACUUCCUAAAUCCUUUGAAUGGCGGGUGGGAGAGGCAUCCAUCAAGUCAUCGGAUGUUUGAAUCAAAGGAGCAGCCCGAAUAUGAUUACAUAGAGGGAGAAGGAGACUGGAGUCUGUGGUCAGUUUGUAGUACAACCUGUGGAAGUGGCAAUCAGAAACGCACCAGGACCUGUGGAUAUGCCUGCACAGCCACUGAAUCAAGGACAUGUGACCGACCAAACUGCCCAGGUCUCGAGGACACAUUCAGAACAGCAGCCACAGAAAUGAGCUUACUCGCAGGAAGCGAAGAAUUCAAUGCCACAAAGCUCUUUGAAGUUGCUACAGAUAGCUGUGAGAGGUGGAUGAGUUGCAAGAGUGAAUUCUUAAAGAAGUACAUGCACAAAGUAGUCAAUGACCUUCCUGCUUGUCCUUGCACGUACCCCACUGAAGUAGCUUAUAGCACUGCAGAGAUCUACGACCGUCUGAAAAGGAAGAACUUUCGCUGGAAAGAUGCAAGUGGGCCAAAAGAAAAACUGGAUAUCUAUAAGCCCAGUGCCCGCUACUGCAUCCGCUCCAUGCUGUCCUUGCAGAGUACCACCUUGGCAGCACAGCACUGCUGCUAUGAUGACAGCAUGCAGCUGAUUACCCGAGGGAAAGGGGCUGGCACCCCCAACCUCAUCAGCAUUGAAUUCUCUGCAGAACUUCAUUACAAGGUGGAUGUUUUGCCUUGGAUCAUUUGCAAAGGGGACUGGAGUAGGUACAAUGAAGCCCGGCCACCUAACAAUGGUCAGAAAUGUACAGAAAAUCCUUCGGAGGAGGACUAUUACAAACAAUUUCAGGAAGCAAGAGAGUACUGAAGACGAGUGUGGGAGGAGCUGAUUUCUUUGAAAAUUUCAAAAAGAUGGGUGGUGGCGAGAAGGACACUCCAGUGAACGAACCUUUGAAAAUGGGAUUUAUCUCCCCACUCACUGUACAUAGUUGUACAAAAUAUACAAUUUUUCUAAAAUAUUUUAUUUAUGUUUGCAUGUAGAUACAGCAUAUAGUCCCCUUCGCCUUUGCACACAUGAAAGUGUCUCAACUUUUUAUAGUGAUACGCAUUCUGCUUCCGUUAAGAUGAGCUUACACUCAUAUAUUACCUGUAGUUAAAAGUGAGUAUCAUUGGAUUUCACGUGAAAAGAAAAUUGCUUCUCAAUGUCUUAGCCGUUCAGAAUAAAUGUUUGCUAUUAGAAAGAUCUACACAUAUUAAAAUUUCCUUUUAGUAUUGAAAUGUGGUUUCUAAGAAUGCAUCUGUGGAUAACAUUUUGGCUCGCUAAGAAAAUAGUGACCAGAUUCAUUGCAGAUGUGAUGAAAGUUAACUUCAAAUCAAAUUGUUCCUUUGCUUUGCAUCAAAAGGCUGAACCUUGUGGCUGACUUUCAGAGAAAUCCUGGGCUGGAGCAUCUUGACAUUGGAGGUUUUGACUAUUGCAAAAUCCUCCCAGCAUCAGCAUGAGAUUAGCAGGACCAAAAUAUGAAAGGAGUAGCUAUUAUUGCUACUGGUAUUAUUAUUGUUGUUCCUAUCUAUUGGAAGCACUAGGAGGAAGACUUCUUUAUAGAGCUGUGUAAUUUUUCUCACAAUUGUAUGAGGACCGAAAGCAUUGUGGACCCUUUGUAUUCUCAGCCCCUACUAGCCUGCUGCCACACACACCCUUAUGAGCCUUUUCCCAUGUGGUUUUCUGACAUCAGAAACAACAGAAAGGUUGCUGGAGUGAUGGAAACAAGGUUCCAGUGUCAAACUCUGACAUUACAAUUCUGUCUCUAAGCCUGGAGGCAAAGAAAAAAGACAAACCCUCCCCACUCUGCUCAGUCCAGUCCAAACAAUUUACAGUUUCCCAUUACUAGACUAGACUAGAAUAGCAGAGCUGGAAGGAUCUUGGAGGUCUUCUAGUCCAACCCCCUGCUUAGGU